AUGGCUCCUCCAACCGCAGAAAGCGCGUCCCCAAUUGGGAUUGCCAAUUUACCAAACCAGCGUCACAAGAUUGUCGCAAAGAGAGGAGCUGCUUUCACGAUUAUGGUUGCGGGUGAAUCGGGAUUAGGAAAGACGACAUUUAUCAACACCCUCUUCUCAACAACAAUCAAGAACUACGCCGACCACAAACGCCGACAUGCCAAGCAGGUCGAUAAGACCGUGGAAAUUGAGAUCACAAAAGCUGAGUUGGAAGAGAAAUUCUUCAAAGUCCGUCUCACCGUUAUUGAUACCCCCGGCUUUGGAGACUAUGUCAACAACCGCGACUCGUGGAUGCCAAUCAUCGAGUUCUUGGAUGACCAGCAUGAGUCAUAUAUGCUUCAAGAGCAACAACCUCGCCGAGUUGACAAGAUCGACCUCCGUGUUCAUGCAUGCCUGUACUUCGUCAGACCUACUGGACACACACUGAAGCCUCUGGAUAUUGAGGUUAUGAAGAGAUUGAGCUCCAGAGUCAACUUGAUUCCAGUUGUUGCAAAGGCGGAUACCCUCAGCCCAGCUGAUCUCGCUCGCUUUAAGCAAAGGAUCCGGGCUGUUAUCGAGGCGCAAGGCAUUAAGAUCUACACGCCACCUAUCGAGGAGGACGAUGAAGCUGCCGCGGCACACGCACGAAGCCUCAUGGCCGCUAUGCCAUUCGCCGUCAUCGGCUCGGAGAAGGAUGUCAAGACCAGCGAUGGACGUAUCGUAAAGGGUCGUCAAUACUCCUGGGGUGUUGCGGAAGUCGAGAACGAAGACCACUGCGACUUCAAGAAGCUCCGCUCCAUUCUUAUCCGAACCCACAUGUUGGACCUCAUCCACACCACGGAAGAGGCACACUACGAAGCCUAUCGCGCCCAGCAGAUGGAGACCCGCAAAUUCGGCGAGGCAAGACCCAGAAAGCUCGACAACCCCAAGUUCAAGGAAGAGGAAGAAAGUCUACGAAAGAGAUUCACCGAGCAGGUCAAGAUUGAGGAGCAGCGUUUCAGACAAUGGGAGGAGAAGCUCAUCAAUGAGCGUGAUCGCUUGAACAAGGAUUUGGAAAGCACCCAUGCUGCUAUCAAGUCCUUGGAGCAGGAGCUUGAGCAGAUGCAAGGAAGUGCCGUUCGCAGCCAUGGUCGUCGUUAA